UUCUUAUUUAAGGGUUAAUAUGGCCAGAGUUUUGUGGCCUGUUGGUGAUCGGAUCUACAGGGUUUCUCUGUAGUGCCACAAGAGAUGAAAGUAUUGUAUUUGUAAUUUUAAAUUAAACAAUGAAUGCUAGUAAGAAUUUUGGGAGGGGUAUAGUAUGAAUGAGUUUUAGCUUCCUCAAAAGGUGAGCCCUAAAUUGGUUUUCCUUUCACCCUGCUUUUAUUAUUUACGAAAUGUGUGUUAUCUUUGUUUUUGAAGGUCCACAGACAUCAUUAAGACUGUCUUACCUGAUGCAUCAGCGUUUAGUUACAAUAUUUGACAAUUUGGAGGAACAAACAUCAGGAAAAUAGCUGUCAUGGAUGACAAAACGCAUAACUGCAAGGAUUGUGGCACAUAUUUUCACUGUGAACAACAACUCAGGUGGCAUGAAAGACUACACCUGGCUGAUAAUCGUCAUAAAUGCAAUGAAUGUGGCAGGGUUUUUAGUCAAAAAGGACAUUUAAGGCAACAUUUAAGAGUACAUACAGGGGAGAAACCUUUUAAAUGCAACUACUGCGGAAGGUGUUUUAGCCAGGCGGGAACUCUAAUGCGGCAUAUAAGAACACAUACAGGUGAGAAGCCCUUUAAAUGUGACUAUUGUGGUAGGCUGUUUAAUCGGGCAGAGCAUCUAAGCCGACAUACAAGAUGGCAUACAGGAGAAAGGGCUCAUGAAUGCAGCCAGUGUGGUAAGCGUUUUAUCGAGGCAGGAGAUCUGAAGAAACACUUUAUAUUGCAUACAGGAGAGCGGCCUUUUGUAUGUAAGCUGUGUGGUAAGACUUUUAAUCAGGCAGGGAAUCUUACGCAGCAUGUACGCGUGCACACAGGAGAGAAACCCUUUGAAUGUAAACAUUGUGGCAAGCGCUUUAAUCGCUCAGGACAUAUGAGGCAGCAUGCAAGAUUACACACAACAGAGAGGCCUUUCAAAUGCAGCCCAUGCGGCAAACGUUUCAAUGAUCCUGGACAACUAAGGCGACAUCUGAGACUACAUACAGGAGAGAAGCCUUUUGAAUGUAGUCAGUGUGGCAAACAUUUU